AUGGGAUACCCGCAAUUGGGUAGAAGAGCAUUUCCCUUAUUCAUAGAUACGGAAGCGUUUCAGCCCAAUCAGGAGGACCAACUCAAAGCAGCCCUCCCGGACGCCAUCGACCUUGUCACCCAAGUUCUGACUGGCUACGACGUGUACAAGGAUAUCUGGUUGAAGUAUUUCCCAGAAAGCGACCACGCAAAAGUCCAGAAUGUCUUCAAGAGGAUCGUUUCCGACCCUUCCAAUCCAGGUGAAGGAGAGGACCGAGUGUCGCUCUGCAGAAUUAGUGGGUUCGACAUGUCUAACGUAAACCCAAGCAUCAACCCGUGCGGCGAGGAGGACGUUGCCUACACAUUCAACUGGCCCGCGAGCGCGAUAUCUCGAGAGAUGCCUGAGGGUUCUUCAUUUACUUACUUCUGUCCUGGGGCGUACAAGCAGACGCCCAAGUACAACCAGAUUGACUGCAAUGGUUUUGACGAUACGCUAAACGACAAUAUGGACUUCCUCGGCGCUACAAUUUUGCAUGAAUGGCUACAUAACGACCAGAUCGGCCAAGCUGCUACUGGAACCCACAUCACGGAUGUCGAUGGAAGGGACGGAUAUGGUCCCUACAACACGCGCCAGAUGCUAAUAAAUCAGCCCAGCCAAUGUGUAAACAAUGCAGAUAGCUACACCUGGCUGGCACUUGAGGUCUUCUGGACAUCUCGCCAAUGCUUUACCGGAACUCAGGGCAACCGGUUUAAGGACCCCGUAGCCCCAUCCUGCAGCAAGGCGAAGCGUGAUGCGGGUGAAUGCUCUGGCUCGACAUCAGCCAUUCCUGAUACCUUGGAUGUACCAUCUACGGUCACUAUCACAACAGAGGGGUCAAGCAUGAUCACCCCUCCGCCAGCAACUAUACACUGCGAUACAGUAGGCCCAUCGCCUGGCACGGGGGUAGACGAACCUUACUGUGACUGCGUAGUAGAUGGCAGCAGCAGCACCAUCACUCUCAGCAUCAUCAGCGGCGCCAGUGCAUACACGGAAAGCUGCGCAUACUCCACGCUACCCGGUUCCACCGCCGUGGAUAGUGUGAAGACCGACACGGCGACUUGGACAUCCAACUGCGAGGCCUGCACGCUCGUCGGUGGCGUUGGCGGAGGACAAGAGACUUGCACGACCGUAUCCGGCUGCACACCGACGGCGGCGCCAGCCAAGCCGACCAUCAUAUCCUGGGUAGCCAAUGUAGGAACGAUCGACAUUGGCAACGCAGACGACGGUAUCGACGGCAACCACAAGCUAGCCACGGAGAUGUUCGGCAAACUAUCAAAGAUGUGCGACAGCAACGGCUGCAAAGGUGACCACCAAGAGAUGGACAAUGUCGAGGCUGUAAUUGCUGACGGCGAGGAACCCCUGAAGCCGGCGAUGUACAUCGACGCCUUCCAGUAUUCGAACCUAGACACGUUCAAGCAGAUGCUCUCAGUCGGAAUCGGAUCUUGGAUUUCGGCGCUUAAUAAUUCUGGCCUGAAUUUGUGCCACGAUGUUGAGUACGAAGCCGAUGCAGAUGAGACGGGCUCAGGGUGCGGCUCAGGGCCCAUCCCGACUCGACGCAUCCGCCGCAAAGUGCGCCGGGACGACGGGGCCGUCCUCUGGGAGCGCGACGGCUUGGCGCAGGAGGAGAAACGUGCCUUGGAUGAGCGCUGCUUGGAUAACUGCGACCAUCCUAUGGUCUGCCACUACUCAGCCCGCAUGUGCAAUGCGCCGGAUUCAAUCACAGUGAUCGCCGGCACUAAGAGCGACCCCUACGCCGGUCACCUGAACAUCGGUGUGACUCUUGACAAGACUGACAAUGGAUUCGACUGCGCGGCGAUAGCCGGAGGACUAACUGCCUUGACCGCACUCAUCGCACCGGAAUUGCUCGAGGCAGACGCGCUUGAGGGAGUGGAGCUCGAAUCGCUAUGUGGUAUCGUCGAGGACCCUCUCUCCGCUCUUGACCUGAGUCCUACUGGGGAGAGACUCACUAUAUCUCGCCGACAUGGCCCUAGACUCGCGAGCGGUUGA